AUGGCGUUCUCCAAGAUGUGGUCUAACCCGAAGAGGCGCCGACCUGAGGUGGAGGAGCAGCACGUGUUCCGGUCCGAGUGGACCCUGCGCUACCUGGUGGUGGAGCGGGCCGACGGGGAAGGGGCCGAGUGUCUGGUGUGCCACCGGCCCAUCGUGGCCACCCGCGAGCGUGACGUGCGGCGCCACUACGAAGCCGAGCACGACCAGUACGAGUCAUACUCGUCGGGCGAGGAGCGCGAGGCGCUGGUAGAGAGACUGCGGCGCGGGGACGUGCUGUUGGCCGCCGCCCAGGCGCGCGAGGAGCGGGGGGCGCGCGCCAGUCUCGGGAUCGCGCACCUGCUGGCGCUCCACGGGCGGCCGUGGACUGACGGGGGGCUGGUUCUACGCUGCCUGGAAACCGUGCUGCGAGAGGCGCUGCCAGAGCAUUACAGUGUGAUCCACGAAGUGGACCUGACGACUGAGACCCUGGCCCUGCGGACCCUCGGCCUGGCCCGCAAUCUGUUCAGGCAGCUGGUGACGCGCGGCUCCGUCUUCCAGGCCUAUUCCCUGGCGCUUGAUGACCAGCCCUUUGUGGGCACAGAGAACCGCCUGCUAGUGUUCGUGCGCGGCGUGGACCAGGACUACGAGGUGGACGAGGAGCUGCUGCUGUCGGUGAACCUGGUGGGGCAACCCGACUGCCCCCACAUCGUGCAGCUCAUCGAAGAAGCCCUGGCGCGCAUCAGCUUGCCAUGGGACAAGCUGGUGGGCGUGGUGUCCACGGGCACGCCGUGGAUCACUUCGCCCGAGACCGGUCUGAUGCGGAUGCUGCAGGCGCGCGUGGCCGAGAACCGCGAGUGCAUGGAGAUCCCGGUGCUGCCGCACUGCGGAGGCCUGCUGCACUUGGAGAUGAUGGGCUCGAAGGAGCUCGACGUGGGCGGGGUCGUGGAAGCCGUGGCCGGCUGGCUGGCGCUCAUGCACACACGGGGCGUGCACUCGCUCGGCCUGAAGCUGCUGCUGGAGGACGCCGAGCUGCACACCGGCGGCGAGCUCAACAUGCUUUGCCUGACCAGCUGGCUGCGCCGCGGCAGGUCGCUGAAGCGCGUCUUCUCCCUGCGCCAGGAGUUCGAAACCUUCGUGGCCGAGGCCGGCCUGCCGCCCACCGGCCACCUGCGCGACCCCCUGCACGACCCCGACUGGCUGUGCGACCUGAGCUUCCUGGUGGACAUGCAGGGGCACCUGGCCGACCUGGCCGACGAGCUGCGGGUGUCCGGCACCUUCGCCUUCGGAGUCAUGGAACACGUCAGCGCCUUCACCGAGAAGCUGCAGCUCAUGCGGUUGCACCUGAACGCCGGCGACCUGACCCACUUCCCCGUCUGUCGCGAGCUCAGCGAUGAGCUCAGCCGGCAGGGCCAGGUCGGCAACCAGCGGCUGGCCGCCCAGCGCUACCAGGAGGGGCUCACCCGCCUGCUCACCAGGUUCCAGAAGCAGUUCGAGGGCCUGUGCGCCCUCAAGAAGGAGCUGGAUCUGUUCGCAGAUCCUUUCAGCUUCCCCGUGGAGAGCGCGCCCCCCAACAUCCGGGAGGAGCUGAUCCGCAUGAAGUCCAGCUCCACCCUGCUUUGUGAGUACCACGACGAGCACUUGGGCGCCUUCUACGCGGGGCUGCCCCCCGGCUGUUACACCGAGCUGCAGGCGGUCACCAUCCGCACCGCCUCGCUCUUUGACAGCACCUGCAUCUCCGACAAAGCUUUCGAGUACUUCAUGCGUAACCAGGGGCGCCUGAUUCAGCUCUCCACCGAGGAGCAUCUGCAGGCGGUGAUCCGCAUCGCCACCAGCAACUUCGAGCCCCGCAUGGAUGAGCUCGUCCGCUCCCGAAGCCGGUCUCUCGCUUGA